AUGGUAUAUUAUUAUGGCAAACAUUCAGCUAAAAUGUUUCUGAGGGGAAAGCCUAUGAAAUUUGGAUAUAAAAUUUGGUGUCUUACAAGUUCCAAUGGCUUUCUUUAUAAUUUUUCACCAUACUGUGGCAAGACUGACAACAAACAGGAGCCUUUAGGUGCAAGGGUAAUAAAUGAACUAACCAGCAUGAUUCCAGAAUCAGAGUAUCCGAAUUAUAAGCUUUUCUUUGACGACUUUUUCACCAGUGUUGACACACUGAUCACACUCGGAAAGAGUAAAAUAAAAGCUGCAGGAACAAUAACAGAGAUCCGAACUAAUGCAUGUCCUUUGAUUGACUCAAAAAGAAUGGCAAAAGGAAGGAACGAGGAUUCUAUGACUACAUAUUUGACAAAGAGAAUGAAGUUCUGUUCUACUAAAAGAUACUCACGGGCAAAGAAAAAGGAAAUAUCUGUGACACUGCCACAUAUCAUUGAAGAAUACAAUGCCCAUAUGGGUGGCAUAUAUCUACUGGACAAGCAGAUAUCACUUUAUAGGACGAGGAUAAGGUCAAAGAAAUGGUGGUGGCCAUUAUUCACACAGAUGAUAUAUAUCUGCGUAGUAAACACAUGGCGUGCAUACCAAAUUGCUAACUCUAAUGAGAAGCUCUUACUUCUGGAUGUCCGACAGAGAAUAGUGAUGUUUUUUCUAUCAAAGAAAAAAGGAUCAGUACCAAAACAAAGACGACCACAAGGAACUACCAGGGCGGACAGCAAAUUGAUGGGAGGAUGGGUGAGCACAGAUGUACGACUAGAUCCAGGAAAUCAUUUCUUUGUGCCAAGUAAAACACAGAAGAGAUGUGCUUACUGCAAGGAAAAAACAACAAAAAUUUGUGAUAGGUGCAAUGUUGGUGUACAUGACAAGUGUUUUGCUUCAUUUCAUACUGAAUAUACAUUCCAUAAUAUUAAAAUAUUCUUUAUUUAA